AGCCCUCUGUAAUAAGCAGAAGAAAAACCAGUAACAAUAAGAAACAAAAUGGCAAGCUCAACCACCCUUCCCAAAUUCCUUUCGAUUGGAUCAACAAUUUUGAGAACCAACACUUGGAGCCACAGGUUCUUUGUUACCGCUACUCCACGAGCUCUGCAGGCAACCGCAGAACAACAUGCUGCGGAUGCAUGUAAGAAGGCAGCAGAGGCUUUAAAACAUGGAACCAAAAGUGUGACACUGGCUGGGGAAGACAUGAUGAGCAAGGCUGGUAGUACAGCAGAUCAGAUCGGCCAGAAAACCAAAGAAAUGGUUGGAAAGGCAUCUGAAUCAGCACAAGAUCUCGGCAACAAAGCCACCCAAACGGCUAAGGGUGAAUGGGAAACGACCAAGGAGACCACUGGAAAGAUCAAGGACACCAUGGCCAACAAGGGUCAAGAGGCAACUGAGACUGUCAAGCAAGCCAUGAAUACUAAGAAUUGA